CCGAAUUGCUCAACUUAAAAAAUAGUAGCGAACAAGUUUCUGCUACUUCAUCUGGCCGGCUAUCUUCGGUGUACCUUCCUUCGCGCCCAGAAGCUAGAAGGAUCUUAAAUGACUCGGUCACUGAUCGGCCUGCGCACCACACCACACGGGGGACGUUCUCUCUUUCCUAUCCAGCCCAUUGCUGAGGGGACCAGCAUCUUUACAUGUGAAGCUCCUUUUGCACAUGUGAUUUAUAAAGAUUAUCGCAGGGAGGUCUGUGCUCAGUGUUUCGCGUAUGCAGCAAGUACUUUUCGAAGUAUUGGUGAUCCACGGACUUGGAGUAUCAGAAGUUGUAGGGUAACUGCAGAGACUGUUUGGUUCUGUACAGAUGAAUGCAAGGUCACAUGGGAAAGUGGGGUGAUAGGUCCCUUGAUAGCAGAUAUCAAUGCUCUUCUUGGCAAAGCAAAGAUAGCCACUCGGAGGAAUUCAGCCAGGGACGGCUACGAUCCGAUAUUGCCAAAUGGUCCUCCUGCGCAAAUCACGCAAGAUUACAUCGACAAAGCCUGGGGGGAUGUCGAGGAAUUGGUUUCCUCUCGUGCUCGUCUUUCUUCGUACUGCUCAACGAUGAAUUUAGAAGAUAUGGAACUCGAAAUAUCGCGCUCAGUUGCGUCGGCCAUCAUCCAGCGAUAUGUAUUUGAUCACCGUCUUGCCAGUCUCACAACUUCUUCGAUAAUAUCCACCUUAGAUCCAUGGACAGAAGUUCUUGAUCUCCAGAGCAGCGAGCUCUCGAACGUUAGUCUACGGCCUUAUAUUCUUGCGGCGCAUCUCCGUGUAUACGCUUUUUUGUGUCAUUCACUUCCAAAGCAUCUCAGAUUGUACGUUCCUACGGCUCGACAUAUCCUUGCGCGCGACACCGGAAAUGCCUUCGGGAUUUGGGAUGGAGAUCACAGAGAUGAAAUGCUCGGAUGGGGCCUUUGGGUAGGCGCGAGUUAUUUUAAUCACAGUUGCUGCCCAAAUGUCAAAAAGACACGCGUCGGACGCACUAUCCACUUCACUACCUCUCGUUCAGUCGAAAUCGGCGAGGAGCUCUGCAUUAGCUAUAUCGAUACCAGUCAAGCCAUUGCGCAGCGCAGACAGGAUCUAGAAAACAGUUGGUUUUUCAAAUGCGGGUGCCAGCGUUGCCAAUCAGAAGAACCUAAUGGGGCAUCUCCGCGUUGAUGUUGGUGAUUGUGACCGUACAUACUUGUAACAAUGUGUGGGGGUUGAGCGGAUUUCAU